GAUCCGUUCCAGCCUUCCUCGCAUUGAUAUUCACAGCCCCACUUCAAUCUCAGCGUCAAUUCGUCGUCCAUAAACCAUUCCAUGGCUGCCUGUAGUUAUGGGGGUUCAAUUUCCAACUUGAGGUUAGGUGCUGCUAGAAUUGAACCAGCUUCUUCAGUGCUACCGUUACAUGGCAUAAAAGUCCCAAAUUUUACGCGGUUUGGUGGUUUGGUGUUAUCUCAACGUUCGUGUAAGGGAUCAAUUCGGUAUCUGUGUUUGGCUGCAAAAAAUGCCCAAUCUAGUACAAAUCCAGAAGCUUGGUCAGAGGUAGAAAAUUCAUCUGAAUCAACAAGCCGACUUGUUCCAAAUGCUUUGGAGGUGGAAUCUCUUCUGACAGAAAUAUGUGAUACAACCUCAAUUGCAGAGUUUGAAUUGAAACUUGGUGGAUUUCGUCUAUAUGUAAUGAGAGACUUGACUGGAAAAAGUACAAGUUUACCCCCUCCGUUAUCUGCUUCAAUUGUUGAUGCAACUCCAGAGGUACCUGAACUAAAUGGGUCAGCCUCAUCACCAUCUCUAGCCAUCACCAAAGCUACACCUACUUCAGGUGGGGUUCAGACUUUGCUGGAUAAAGCUGCAGAUGAAGGAUUGGCUAUAAUCUAUUCUCCCAGAGUUGGGUACUUUAGAAGAUCUCGAACCAUUAAGGGGAAGCGAGCACCUCCACCAUGCAAAGAGAAACAAAUAGUCAAGGAGGGGCAAGUUGUCUGUUACAUCGAGCAGCUCGGUGGCGAGCUCCCUAUUGAGUCAGAUGUAGCGGGGGAAGUUGUCAAGAUACUUUGCGAAGAUGGUGAUGCGGUGGGAUAUGGUGAUGCUUUGAUUGCAGUUCUUCCUUCUUUUCCCGGGAUCAAGAAGCUCCAGUAGGUCAUUCGACGGCCCUCCGGCAGACGGCUUAUUUCCAGUUUUGGUAAAGAUCAGAUUGGUUCAUGAGUAACAACAACGACAACAUUAUUGAGAUGGUUUUUCGAUCUAAAAUGCAGUCGUGAUUGAAACAACCUCUCUACCCCACGAUAUGCGUAGAUCCCACCGGCUGGAUCCUAAGGUUUACGUGGUCCGUUUGGUUUUUUAUCGAAUAAUAGUGUAAAUUGAGACUUCUCCUUUGUUUAUUUUUCAACGAAGUUGCAGUUUUGAAAUGGUACCGUUUCCUCCAUGGCAACAUGGUUAUAGCAAAUGGAAAGAAAAUUAUGAUA